AGCUCAUAUAAGUACAGAAAGCCAAAACAAGAAAAAGCAAUGGAGAAGAACAUUAAUGAAGAGAAGAAGCAUUUUGUUCUAGUUCAUGGUGCUUGCCAUGGAGCUUGGUGUUGGUUUAAGCUUGAAAGUUUGCUAACUUCAGUAGGUCACACUGUAACAUCACUGGAUCUUGCAGCUUCAGGGAUCAACCCAAAGCAAGUGGAAGAUCUCCAAUCCAUUGCUGAUUAUUUUGAACCCUUAAUGGUUUUCAUGGCUUCUCUCCCUCAAGAUGAGAAGGUGAUUCUAGUUGGGCACAGCUAUAAUGGGUUGAGCAUUUCUGUUGCUAUGGAGAGGUUCCCUGAGAAAAUAUCUGUAGCUGUUUUCAUCUCUGCUACUAAGCCCAGUCCUACCAUUACUGUAGUCGACAUACAGAAAGAGGUAUGUAUGUAUAGGAUUUUGAUUUAG